AUGUGGGUGCUUGCUAACAACGUGGUGAACAGAGACGAACGUCGACAGCAGCUACGGCAGCGUUUGGACGAAACUGAACGCAUUAACGCUACAUCAGCUGAGGAAGAAUCACCGGCGUCUAAGCUACACCGUAAGAACCGAAGGAAUCAGGCAAAGAACCGAUGUAAGGCACGGAGUCGAGAACUCGACCUUCUAAGUCAGCAGGUGAAUAUCGUUUCGGUUGCCGAUGGUUCCACCGUAACUUCUGGAGUACCGGCAGUACCUGUGACAACUGCUGUUGGAUUGGCGGUAACUCCAACUAUAAACACCUCCAGUGCUGCGAGUGAGAAUGAGUGA